UGUUGACAUCCUUUCGGUUUCCUCGGGUGUUAUCUCCAACUCUUUCCAACAAAGAUGGACUGAGUCGCAGACUCAAAGUCACAGAAGACUAUGGACAUGACCAAUGAUGUAGGUACUUGUACACUAACCUAUGAGAGUGCUGCUCUUGGAUACAGUGACUUUCCAUUGACAGAGGAACCAGUGUAUCUACUGGGCAUAAAGUACAGUGCUUUAUAUGACAGAGAUGACUUAAAGAAAGAUUUUCUUUCAAGAAUAUGGUGUACCUAUAGGAAAAACUUCCCAGCUAUUGGCGGAACAGGCCCAACAUCAGAUGCAGGAUGGGGAUGUAUGUUACGGUGUGGACAGAUGAUGCUCGCCCAGGCUUUGGUGGUCAGGCACUUAGGGAGAGAUUGGAGAUGGAAUCCAAACUGCCAUGAUGAAAGUUACAAAAGAGUUCUACAAAUGUUUGCAGACAAGAAAAGUGCAAAUUACUCCAUUCAACAAAUAGCAUCCAUGGGAGUUUCUGAAGGUAAACAAGUUGGAUCAUGGUUUGGACCAAACACAGUGGCUCAAGUAUUGAAGAAGUUAGCUGUGUACGACGAGUGGAGUUCUCUUGUGAUUCAUAUAGCCAUGGAUAACACUGUCAUAGAAAAUGAUAUAAGGAGUGUUUGUAAAGGAAAUGAACAAAGUGACUGUGAUAUUAUUGGAGUUAGACAAUUAAAACAUAAUUCUGCUGCCAUGGGACAAAGCAAAAGUUCUAGUCAAAAUUCCUCGAACCAAAAUAAAAACAAACAAAAUACAGUGGAUGUCAAAAGUUGGAAACCACUUUUACUUGUAAUUCCAUUACGACUUGGAUUGACUGAAAUUAAUUCAGUUUAUGUGCACAGUUUAAAGGCUUGUUUAAGUUUUCCCCAGAGUGUGGGUAUAAUUGGGGGCAAACCAAACCACGCCCACUGGUUCAUUGGUUAUAUGGGGGAUAAAUUGAUUUAUCUUGACCCACACACUACGCAGCCAUCAGAGGACCUGGACAGUCCAAACUUCCCGGAUGAUAGCUACCACUGUCCUUUUCCUUCCACAAUGAAUGUUAUGGAUUUAGAUCCUUCGAUAGCACUGGGGUUUUACUGUGGAACAGAGAAAGAGUUUGAUGAUCUCACACAAAGUGUUCAGAAGUUUGUUGUCAGCUCCAGUAAAAACCCCAUGUUUGAACUGUAUAAAGAUAGACCCCAUCACUGGCCUCCAUAUGAACCAUACACUGCCCAGUCAGCUAGUGCAACAGGAUUUACUAUGGUUGAUGGACUGGAUACAGAAGAAGAAUUUGAACUCAUAGGGUAACUACAAAGGUUGUAGACUGAACCUUGAAUGGAUGGACAGAUCCAUUGAGAUGGAUUUUUAGUAUAGUUCAACAUAAUUUGUGCCUGUCAUGAGAAAGGACAAAGAGAGCUUAAAUUGUGAUAUUUAUUGUAUAAACUUGAUUGUGAAAACCCUCUGUAUACUGUUGUAUAUUGUAAGCAUUUACCAGAGCCUUUACAAUAUUUCUAAAUGUUCAAAAUGUAUCCAUGUCAUUCAUUUCAAAGUAUAACUUACUUUCAGUAGAAAUUAACUUGUACAUGUAUAAAAAUAUUGAAAGAUGAGCCUGAAAAUUCUCUUAUUAUCCAUGCUUCCACUGAUCUUUUUCAGUGUAUAUGUA